CAAACAUAAUGUGCAAUGGGACCAUUUCCCAUAUAAUUGAAGAACAAAGCCAAAAAGCUUAUCAUCUCACCCAACCACUCCCAAAAAUUCGGCCACACACUCUCAAGGAGGAGGAGGAGCUCUGAAAAUAUCAUCCUCCAUAGCCAUGAACCGAGCUCAUGUUUGAAGGAGGUUCAAGGAAGAAGAAAAGCUUGGAAAAGAAGAGAAAAACUUAGUAAAAUUAAGGUAAUGACUUCAUUAGUAUUUUCCUCCUUCAUUUUAAUCUCAUAUGAUUUUAUAAAUCAUAUGAUAGACUUUUAAAAUUGUUCUACACUUCUAGAGGUGUAGAAUGAGGGUUUGAAAGAUUAAGUUUAACCACGAACGGAGUUAUGACCGGAGUAAGACCGGUUCACCGGAAAACACCUUCUUGGAAGGUUUUGACGUUUAUACCACUUUUGGUUGUGAAACCUUGUUAGGAAUUUUACCAAGGUAUUCUAGACUUCUCAAGGAACCUAGGAGUGGCCGGAAAGUCGCCGGAGCCGCCGGAGUUUUCGCCGGAAAAUUCAAAAGUCACCGGAGUUCAAACAAAGAAGAUAAAAGCUUGCUAGCGCCAUUUCAAGGUUGAAGCUAGAGCUUACUUCCUGCACCCGUUGCUCGGGAGAUCGAUGGAGAGAAGACGUGGAAUGGGUGGUAGCGAUAGGGCAAUUCGAGGGAAUCCGAGAGGGCGCACACUGGGAAUAGCCGAGAAAGCCAAUCGGGGAAUAUCAAGGUCGCCAAAAAGGCGAGGUAGGGGCCACCAAGGCCAACAAACACGAAGUGCGAUGGCUGAUCGCAUGAUGACUGAAUUCGAGUCGUGGAACUCGGAGGAUGACUCAACUUAUCACCCUGAUAGCAAGUCAGAUGAAACUUCUUUUGAGGAAAACAGUGGAGAGGAUAUACAUAGUAUUCCUCCUGACCAGAUUAGUGAGAUGUACCAAUGGUACCAGCGUGAAAGGGAAAGACAACGACAGAGAUCCCAGGUGGGACAUGUCAGAGACGAGACCUCUCGCAGGAGGGGUCGGGGUGCUCAUAGAGCACAUGUUAGGACAGUCAGAGAUUCUGAUGGCGAAGGACCAUUCAUUAAGAUCUCAAAGUACCUCAAAGAGGCUAGGGCCUUGGGGUGCAAACCGUUUGAUGGGACGGGGGAUAUCUCGGAAGCGGCCGAGUGGAUAAAAAGGUUAAAUGAUGCAGCCGAUGACAUGCAAGUGGUCCCUGAUCGGAAGUUAAGGGUAGCCACUAGAUUGUUGGAAGGUUUAGCUUCUACUUGGUGGGAAGGCAUCAAAGGUAAGUUUGACGGAGUUGUCACAUGGGACAACUUCGAGCAAUCAUUCUAUGAACAGUUUUAUACCUCUUUCGAAGUUAAUCGAAAGAGGAGGGAAUAUACAAAUCUCAAACAGGGCAAUGAGUUUACGGUGAAGCAAUUGGAACAAAGGUUCCGACAUUUGGCAAGGUUCUUGCCUGAAUAUGCCGCCAAUGAGGAUCGAAUGGCGAACCAUUUUUGGAAUGCACUGAAUUUGGAGGUACGCGAAAGGGCGACCUAUCAAUUCAACAUGACUUUUAGUCAAGUAGUAGCCCAGGGUCUCCAGGGGGAGGAGCUUUGGGAGGAAAGGCAAGCAAGGGAUGCUAAGGAAGCACAAGAAAGAGAUCAGGUGAUCAUUCACCCUCCACGACGAGAGAGGAAGUAUGAACUUCAGAGCAAGGGGGACUUUAACAAGUUAGUUCCAUUUUUUAGUGAGAGCCAGGACUUGGUAAGUCAAAGCUCAAGCACUCGGGGUACGGGAGCACCCAAGUGUGAGAAUUGUAGGCGAAGGCACUACGGGAGAUGUCGAGAUCCAUCUAGAUGUUACUUUUGUGGAGAAACAGGCCACAUCAAGGUCCUUUGUCCUCAACGUACGCGUGAAGGAACAUUAGGAGCUAGAGGAGGGGUCACGGGGGUUGAAAACCCAAGUAGAGUUGCCUCAAAUAUCGUACCUUCUACAAGUCAAUGGCAAACUCGCCCAUGAAGGCCGGGAAUGGCGAAAGCCAUUAGUUGGACCCGACUAUAACAUAAGAUAUUUUUAUGUUAUGAAUUCCUAUUCGAAAUUUCCAUAAAUAUUUUUUUAUGUUCAAAAUUGUUAGCCUCAGAUAAUGAGGGGAGAAAUGUUUCUCAAGGUUCAGACGUUAAUUUCGGGGACGAAAUUCCUGUAAGGGGGGGUGAACUUGUAACACCGGACCCGAAUUUUACCCAGAUAAAAUUUUUUCGUAAAGUACUUGGUUAAAGAAGGUAAAUCAAGACUAAGAGUAGUCUCGAUAAAUGAGAAAGUAAAAUUUUGUCCUAAAUUAAUAAAGGGUUAUUAAUUUAGACGUAGGACCACACGUGGUAUUUCAAGUUUAUAAAAUAUUACUAUUUUCCAAAACGAUACUAUUAUGAUAGUAGGAAUGGGUCGUGGACCCCAUUGUUAUAAAGAGCGACAACUGGACGGCCGAGCGGGCCAGGGCCACUAUUCGAUAGUGGGGAGUCCUUAAUUAUCGGACUGUCAAUAAUUCGUAGGACUACGAAUUUAUAACAGAAGAAAUAUAAACAUUCUAAGAAACCAAAAUAAUGGGAUGAAUAAUAUUGAUUAACUUGGUAUAUUAAAGGAUGGUACUUUUGGAGGACCCUACCUUAAAGAUAUUUUAUUUUGGGAACAAACAGAUAAGAUUUUAUCUGUUUUUACAUUUGGGAUCACUUAAAAAGAUGUGUAGCAUUUUAUUAAAAUGUCACAAAAUAUCAAUACACAUAUUGAGUCAUGAGAAAUUGCUAAUGAAUUUACGAGAUGACGCGUUCUCAUUUUUACUGUUACUUGAACAGUAAAAUACACGUUGGGCCCACACGUGAGUGACGACCAUCCGAUAUUUACGGACCAAAUAUUAUAUUCAUCUUGGUCUAGAUAAUAUUUAUAUGAGGUUGUAAAUAAAUUGAGCCAUAAAGUUGGCCUUUCGAUCAAACGAGGUCCCAUUACCGGUAUAGGUAAUUAAACAGAUAACAGCCCGAAAUUAAUUUCGGCGACCACGAAAUUAAAGUGGGAUAAUAUAUAUUCAUUCUAAAGGCCAAUAUUAAUUGGAAGAAUGAUAUAUAUUUUAUUUGACCCGAUAAAAUGAAAUUUAAUUAAAACAGUCCAGAAAAUACAACUUUCGGGGCCGAAUGUACACUUCGGGACUUAAAGGGAUGACCUCCCACAUGGGUGGGGACCACCCCACGAUUUUGUCAAUCAAAUAACUCUGGAUUGACUCAUGUUGGGGCUGUGAGACAAAGGAAAAUGGGGGAAGGACCAAACAUAAUGUGCAAUGGGACCAUUUCCCAUAUAAUUGAAGAACAAAGCCAAAAAGCUUAUCAUCUCACCCAACCACUCCCAAAAAUUCGGCCACACACUCUCAAGGAGGAGGAGGAGCUCUGAAAAUAUCAUCCUCCAUAGCCAUGAACCGAGCUCAUGUUUGAAGGAGGUUCAAGGAAGAAGAAAAGCUUGGAAAAGAAGAGAAAAACUUAGUAAAAUUAAGGUAAUGACUUCAUUAGUAUUUUCCUCCUUCAUUUUAAUCUCAUAUGAUUUUAUAAAUCAUAUGAUAGACUUUUAAAAUUGUUCUACACUUCUAGAGGUGUAGAAUGAGGGUUUGAAAGAUUAAGUUUAACCACGAACGGAGUUAUGACCGGAGUAAGACCGGUUCACCGGAAAACACCUUCUUGGAAGGUUUUGACGUUUAUACCACUUUUGGUUGUGAAACCUUGUUAGGAAUUUUACCAAGGUAUUCUAGACUUCUCAAGGAACCUAGGAGUGGCCGGAAAGUCGCCGGAGCCGCCGGAGUUUUCGCCGGAAAAUUCAAAAGUCACCGGAGUUCAAACAAAGAAGAUAAAAGCUUGCUAGCGCCAUUUCAAGGUGAGUGGACGACUACGUGUCUUGUAACUCUUGGGUCAAACGUGGGAUUACCUAAAUAAAAUCCUUAUCAUGAUUUGAGGAAUGAUUAAAUGGAUUAAAAUGCAUGAUUAGUCAUGGGGAAUAUGAAUUAUGGAAAUAUUACUUGAUUAAUGAAUAAGAGAUUUAUUUGUGGAUUAAUCAUGAAUAUAUUAUUGUCAAAUGUAUAAAAAAAAUGCAUACAUGGACUAUGUAUGAGAUGACUAGAGUAAUCUAGUAUGUGAAUAUGUAUAGAAAUGUUUAAAAGUGUUAAACAUGUGAUUAGCUAUAAUGAGUAUAAGUUAUGUGAAAAUGGCAUGAUUAAUGAGUAAAAGAAUUAUUGAUAUUUUGAUGAAGGAUAAUCAUGGAUGAUUUGGCUAAGGUGAUUCAAGAUGGUAUUCUUGAAGGAUUCAAGUACAUAAUCAGACAUGUCAUUAAAUUAAAUCUAGUUAUGAAGAAUAAACUAGAACGAAAUAUAUACACGAUUAAUAAGUAUGAAGUACUUAUUAAUAGUUGUGAGAAGACGGCUUUAUGCUUCAUAACUUUUGAGUGAGGCAUAGAUUACCUAAAGUAAUCAAGAAUAUAUUUUAUUGAAUGAUUAAAGAUAAUCAAGUUUGUGUUAUGCCAUGAUUAUAUGUAAAAAUAUAGUUGAAAGGCAUGUUAAGUAAGCUUGAUGAUUUAAAAUGUGAUAAUUAAUUAUGUAUGAUGUUCCAAGGACCCAAAAAGGUAUUUUUGGAUUAAGGAAGUCAAGAAGUACAUGUGUAUAAAAUUUCACGUAAAUCGGACUUCGUUUGUGCGGUCAAACGGGCGUUGACCGUCAAGUCAAAGGCUAUACCCGACCGGGUAUAAGUAAAUACCCGACCGGGUAUUAGCUAAAAUCAGUUCCAGAGGCUACUGCCUCACCAUACCCGACCGGGUAUGGGUAAAUACCCGACCGGGUAUUAAUUAGAAAUGGUUCCAGGGGCUACUGCCUCACCAUACCCGACCGGGUAUGGGUAAUACCCGACCGGGUAUGGGUAAUACCCGACCGGGUAUUGGGUUAUACACCCAAUAUGCAGUUUUUGAGUGAGUUUAUGUGGGACGAUCGGGUGGGACCCGUCCACAUUGGUUGCUAAGGCUUCAAAUACGGUUUAAACGCUAAGACUUGGACUAGUCAUUAGUAGAAGAAUUUAUAGACCACGACCGGGCGAGGUAAGUGGUAGAUUAUACAUGGCGGGUGAAUACCCGGGACCGAGUAAGGUUGGGUAAAACUCUGUAGGACCAGGAGGAGUCCUCUAUACUCAAAUGAUAACAAGGGCCCGUGUAGUCCUUGAGGUGUGUUAACCUCCAGCAAAUUACACAUAGUUAACAAGGGCAAAUGCAGUCCUUGAGGUGUGGUAUCCUCCAUCAAAUUGCAUAUAGGUAACAAGGGCCCGUGUAGUCCUUGAGGUGUGUUAACCUCCAGCAAAUUACACAUAGUUAACAAGGGCAAAUGCAGUCCUUGAGGUGUGGUAUCCUCCAUCAAAUUGCAUAUAGGUAACAAGGGCCCGUGUAGUCCUUGAGGUGUGUUAACCUCCAGCAAAUUACACAUAGGUAACAAGGGCAAAUGCAGUCCUUGAGGUGUGGUAUCCUCCAUCAAAUUGCAUAUAGGUAACAAGGGCCCGUGUAGUCCUUGAGGUGUGGUAUCCUCCAGCAAAUUACACAUAGGUAACAAGGGCAAGUGCAGUCCUUGAGGUGUGGUAUCCUCCAUCAAAUUGCACAUAGGUAACAAGGGCCCGUGUAGUCCUUGAGGUGUGUUAACCUCCAGCAAAUUACACGUAGGAUGAGGGUGUAUGCGUACUCCUCAAGGCGGGGUUAGCCCCGGGAAUGUAAACUAUGAUUGUAAGGACGGAUAGUCCUCGAGGUAGGUGAACCUCAAGGUAAUGAUUUUAAAUGAUUAAACGUGCUUGAUCGGGAAUGAGUUUCCGAUAGGAUAUUUUCCUUGGUCUAGGAAUUGAUUUAAACCAUGUCCGUGAUAUGGGAGUCCGAAGGGCCCCCACAGUAAUUAUAUUUUGAUAUCGGGUGAGUCAGCCUGCGGGUGACUCCACUCGAGGGUAAGACAUGGGAAGGGUGAAUUUAAUGAGGCUGUUACGCCUAAAUGAUUUGAAGGACAAAUGGGCCCACGGGCCGGAUAUUUUACUCAUAGGUAUAUAUGUAUACAUUUUGUUUUAAAAAGGGGUAGCUAAGAGUUAUGCCCAUAAUUAUACUAUCACCCUAUUUUGAGGGUCUCACGUGAGAAACGUUAGUUACAUUACAUACAGUUUGCCCUCACCAGUACUUUUCUGUAGUACUGAUCCCUCGGGGGAACCACCCUUUCAGGUUGAAGCUAGAGCUUACUUCCUGCACCCGUUGCUCGGGAGAUCGAUGGAGAGAAGACGUGGUUCGUGCUUCCUCUGGUUCUAUUUCUAAAUAAUUAAAUAAUGCUCAUGGAACUAUUUUGACUUAUAAAUUAAUGGAGCCUGCGAGCUCUUGUUUUACCCUUGUGUGGGUUCUUAUUAAACACUUAUAUUCCGCGAUGUGUUGAAUUGUAUGUUGAUGUUGUUAUGUAUGUUUACUAAUCGGUUUUGGCAUAUGUAUCUAUCGGACGUCUUGUGCAAUUCGGUAAGGAUGAACUGCGGUUAUUCUUAUUGGGUUGUACGACGGUUGUCCACGUGGCACAGACGCGGUCUGGGGCGUGACAUAUACAACAGAAGAAAAGAUAUAUGGCGGCCGACCGACGCGAUUUCAUCCGGAGGGAGACAGCAACUCUCCUCAGCAUCAAACAUAUCCGGCCGGUCAUCCACGUGGAGUGGUUGGCCAACGUGGUACUAGCCCCAAAGGGCGACACUUGGCGGAUGUGCGUCGAUUACUCGGACCUCAACAAAGCUUGUCCGAUGGACCCUUACCCUGUCCCGAGGAUCGACUUGCUGGUAGAUGAGACAGCAGGCUGCGAGCUGCUCAGCUUCAUGGACGCAUUCAGAGGCUACCAUCAGGUGUUCAUGCACCCCGAUGAUGCCGAAAAAAACGGCGUUCGUCACGGCGGACGGCGUGUACUGCUACAUCGUCAUGCCGUUCGGCCUGAGGAACGCCAUGGCUACUUUUCAGAGGAUGAUUGGGAUGUUGUUCAAGGACGUACUUGGGAAAACAAUGGAAGCUUACGUGGAUGACAUCCUGAUCAAGAGUAAGAAAAAGGAGGACCAUGUCCAGGACAUGGAGAGGGUCUUCAGCAUCAUGGAAAGGGCAAGCAUGAGGCUCAAUCCAAAAAAGUGUGCCUUCGCCGUCAGGGGCGGCAAGUUCCUCGGCUACAUGAUGAGCGAGCGGGGGAUCGAGCCUAACCCGGAGAAGGUGAAGGCAAUCAUGGACAUGGAGGCCCCAAAGAACCUAAAAGACGUGCAGCGACUCACCGGGCGUCUGGCAGCCCUGAGCAGAUUCUUAUCCAAGCUGGCUGAUAAGGCGAUUCCCUUUUUCCAGAUCAUGAAGAAGGCCAAUCCCUUUCAAUGGACCCCGGAGUGCCAGGCUGCUUUCGAAGAUUUCAAGGUAUAUCUCUCCUCUCCGCUCGUCCUCACCAAAGCGGAUCCCGGGGAGAGAUUGUACAUGUACUUGGCAGUAGCCGAUCUGGCCGUAAGUGCCGUGCUGCUGAAGGAAUCUGAAGGCGUUCAGCGGCCAAUAUAUUUUGUAAGUAAGGCGCUGAACGGUCCCGAGACAAGGUACACACUGAUUGAAAAGACGAUCCUCGCCUUGAUUGCAUCCAUCAAGCGCCUGGCGCCGUAUUUCCAAGCACACCCGGUGACCAUCUACACGACGCAGCCCCUCGCCACAGUCCUCAGGAACCCAAUGGCAAGCGGGAGGAUAACCAAGUGGUCCUUGAUGAUCGGCCAGUAUGACGUGGACUUCAAGCCAAGGCCGACGAUCAAAGGACAGGCUCUGGCGGACUUCAUUGCGGAAUGCACCGCGCGCACCGAGGACGAAUCCCAUGACAGCAACGACUUUGACAAUUGGUGGGAGAUGUACACCGAUGGAGCCUCGAGUGCGCGGGGCUGUGGCGGAGGAGCGGUGAUCACUUCCCCCAAGGGUUUCAAAGCCUACUACUCUAUGAAAUUUGAGUUCAAGGUCACCAACAACGAGGCUGAGUACGAGGCGCUUAUCGCAGGGCUGAAAUGCGCAAAAGCCCUCGGAGCAGCUCGUCUGAAGGUGAGGAUGGACAGCCAGCUGGUGGUAACCCAGAUGAACGGCACUGCAGAAACCAGGGAGGAAAAGAUGAAGGUUUACAGGGAGUUAGCGGAGGAACAGACCGCUCAGUUCGAGCAGGUGAUCCUUGAGCAGGUAUCACGGGUGGAAAAUGCAGAGGCGGACAUACUAUCAAAGCUAAGCAACCCCCCAACUGAUGAUCCGGCGUCAAGCAUCCCCCGCCACAUCAGAGGCUUCGUCAGGCAGGAAGUGUUCCCAGCACCGGCGACGGACGUCAUCCAGGUAGAGGUUAUCUCCAUCGCCGAACCUAACUGGGCGAAGGAGAUAGCAGAUUACCUCAGAGAUGGAACACUCCCGGAACCCGACGAGGAGGGCAGCACAAGAAGAGCUGCAUGGGUAAAGAGGUGUGCCCCUAACUUUGAACUCAUUGAUGGGCAACUCUAUAAGAAGACGCUCGGCGGACCUUACCUCAGGUGCCUCCCGCCGAGCCUAGCAGCAGCAGUGAUUGAAGAGAUACAUGAAGGGAUCUGUUCCAGCCACCAAGGGCCCCGAACCUUGGCCAGAAAAAUCAUCCUGCAGGGCUAUUAUUGGCCAACCAUACAGCAAGAUUGCUUCAACCACACUCGGAAGUGCGCGGUGUGCCAACAGUAUGCGCCUGUCCCUGGACGUCCGGCGAGCUUCUACACCCCGAUGACCAUCGCACUACCCUUUGCUAGGUGGGGCAUAGAUUUGCUGGGCCCUCUGCCGACGGCCGCCGGGGGAAGGAAAUUCGUCAUUGUGGCGAUUGAUUAUUUCACAAAGUGGGUGGAGGCCGAACCACUCGCCUCCAUCACUGAAUUCCAGUGCCAGAAGUUCGUCUGGCAAAACGUCAUAUGCCGCUUCGGGAUCCCGGAGCAGAUCGUCACCGACAACGGCCGGCAGUUCGUCGGUAGAGGAUUUGAGGCAUACUUGGCAAAGUGGGGCAUCAGGCACUCUAAGGCCUCGGUGGCCUACCCGCAGGCCAACGGCCAGGUGGUGAACAUGAACCGGACCAUCAUGGAUGGGAUCAAGAAGAAGUUGGAAGACUACACCUCCACCUGGACGGAGCAGCUGAAUUAUGUCUUGUGGACGUACAGGACGACGCCAAGAACGGCGACCGGGGAAACCCCUUUUGCCUUGGCUUACGGAUUCCAAGCUAAGGUGCCGACGGAGGUGUUGGUACCUACACAUCGCACCAAGCACUUCCGGCCGGAGGACAACGAGACCAACCUACGAGCGGAGCUCCAUUUCAUUGAGGAACGGAGGGACCGAUAGGCUCGUUCCGUUCCUAUCUUUUCACCCAUAUUUGGGUGUUAAUUUUUUUAUUUUUAUAAUUAACCGAGUGACUAUUGGGGGGUUUGAGUGAAAAUUUGCUAUUUUUCGGUCCCGGUGGCAGUCAUAUUGGAAAUAGUAUUUUUUCUACACAAUUUGACAUUUUUGGAGUAAUUUGAUUGUAAAGUUACAUAUUAUUAGCGGGUGUGGUGAGUUGUUAUUGUACAGGCCGAGUUUGCGGUGAAUAUGUUUGGACCAGAUCAUUUAAGGACUGUUUUUGAAGUUAAGUGCAAUCCAAAAUGACAAAAGAAGAAGCAAUGUUAGCAGCCCAAAAGAAAAAGAAAAAAAAGGAUCAGCUGGGUUUUUCCCUGGAACUGGCAGCCGCACAUUCAUUCAUUCUUUCCUUUUCAUUUUUUUUUAAGUUAGCCGCAGCAUGCUCUACGAUUCUUUCUGUUCCUGAAAUCAAUUAGCCGCAGCAGAGUUUAUUUCCAUUCUUGCGUUCUGUCCUUGGUGAAUCAGCCGCACCAGCAAGAAAGAAAAUCAGAACGGUUUCUAAACUGCACUCCUCUUUCAAUUUUCUCCAAGUUAAUUUAGAUUUCAAACAUUCAUUGUACGACAUGGAGAUCUUGGACUGCUGGUGGAAGAAGCGCAGCCCUAUGUAGAGGAGCCUCCCAAGGGCUGCCAGUUGGUGUACUUAACAGAAGGUCCAUGAGUGAUAUGAGAGCAAAGCAUUUACUUUUGAGGACAAGAGCGAUGAGACGUCCAAUAGCUAUUCUGGGUGUUCUGGUGGGACAAGAUUUUGAUAGCAGAGCGCAGCCAGAACGCGAGCAAGUUCAGGGCAGCAGUCCACACUUCAAAUUAGGCCUCGGGUCACCACACUUCAGAGGACGAACUGUCCAGCUUUAUCCUUCUAGCAUUGAGACCUAAGCUAGAGAAGAGUUUUUCUAGCCGGCAUGAACGAGCAAACUGAGAUCAAUACCAAAAGUGCAUCCAUGUCACCAGAAACUCAAUAUGUGCAGCCCCUAGUACAGCAGCCUUUACUAUGUUUACUCAGAAGUUGAGGGAUUUGAUGCACACCACCUGGACUUCCCAUCACCAGAGUCAUAGAGCCCUCAAAUGCAAACGAGAUCCAAGAGCUAUCAAUCGCAGAGAUUCAAGGUUAUUCAAAGUUUUUCUGGAGGUUAUUCACUGCCGCUUGUCUUGUACGGUAAUCUGCCAACUUUUACUACGCUGUUAAGAAUGUGUAUUUACUCUCAUAUUACUCCUUUGUUGAUUUGUGUUGAUUGUUAUUAUUCUGACUAUGAUGUACUGCCGGGAUGAAAAUCAUUUUUAUUCUUUAACUUGCCCCUAUUAUUUCUGUUUUAAUCUUCUUUGACCUCGAGGGCGAUGUCACCCCUAAGUGUGGGGAGAUUGGUUUGGUUUUAGCUUGGACAUGACAUUUGGUGAUGAAGUUAUUCUGUCCAAAAACAUUUUGGAGUGCACGAGGAUUUUUCUGGUUUAGCAACGCAACAGAGGUAACUUGUUAAUCUUUAUUUUCUUUUGUAAUCUUCCAUCUCCUCCAUCUUUCUUGGAAAGAAUUAGUAAUGGUGUAAUCAUCGGAGUGGUGUGUAUAUUCUUGGGAAAUGUUGGCAUGUUGGAUGGUUUGAUUUGUGUUGAUUAAAUUCGGUUUUUACUCGUGAUUCACUAGUUCGCAUUAAUAAUUCCUUGACUGGCCAGGUGUUGAAAAUCCUUACUCCGUAAGGAGCUCUGCUUUCUAAGCAUAUCGGGAUAACUUCAUGCUAAGUAGGCAACUGAUUCUUGUAAUGGGGUUACACUUCGUGUGUCGAGAAUUUCAUCCCCGAAAUGGGGCUCUGCUCAUCUCACGAAUCACCUUGUGUGAGAGUUGAGUACACAGUAAUGAGAUAAACUCCCAGGCCCUAGAGCUUGAAUCAGUCCUGCAAUCCAGAACCUGGUCAACUUUACAUAUUCAAAAAAAAAAAAAAAAGAAUCACGAGUAUUCCGAGUUUUAUCACACAAUUCUUGGGUUUUUUUUGGAAUGAUUGGUGGUUUGGAUUUCACACACCUGCACCGUUGGGACCAUCAUGCUUUUCUUUACAUUUUAGUCGGUUGGAGAGGGAUUUUACUUUUGAAAAUAUUGUUCAACAUGUGAAUCUUGGUUUCGUUGUUAAGAAAGAAAAGACCUUGUGCAGUCAUUUGUUUUGGGUGUGAAUGAUUUUUGAACCAGGUGUUACAUGUGAUUAUUUUGUUUUCCGUGGGUUUAAUGCAUUGUUGCUUGGGGGCAAGCAACGCUCAAGUGUGGGGAGAUUUGAUAGGCUCGUUCCGUUCCUAUCUUUUCACCCAUAUUUGGGUGUUAAUUUUUUUAUUUUUAUAAUUAACCGAGUGACUAUUGGGGGGUUUGAGUGAAAAUUUGCUAUUUUUCGGUCCCGGUGGCAGUCAUAUUGGAAAUAGUAUUUUUUCUACACAAUUUGACAUUUUUGGAGUAAUUUGAUUGUAAAGUUACAUAUUAUUAGCGGGUGUGGUGAGUUGUUAUUGUACAGGCCGAGUUUGCGGUGAAUAUGUUUGGACCAGAUCAUUUAAGGACUGUUUUUGAAGUUAAGUGCAAUCCAAAAUGACAAAAGAAGAAGCAAUGUUAGCAGCCCAAAAGAAAAAGAAAAAAAAGGAUCAGCUGGGUUUUUCCCUGGAACUGGCAGCCGCACAUUCAUUCAUUCUUUCCUUUUCAUUUUUUUUUAAGUUAGCCGCAGCAUGCUCUACGAUUCUUUCUGUUCCUGAAAUCAAUUAGCCGCAGCAGAGUUUAUUUCCAUUCUUGCGUUCUGUCCUUGGUGAAUCAGCCGCACCAGCAAGAAAGAAAAUCAGAACGGUUUCUAAACUGCACUCCUCUUUCAAUUUUCUCCAAGUUAAUUUAGAUUUCAAACAUUCAUUGUAAGUCAAACAUAUUUUACAUUACUUAGUUUCAGUUUUGAAUUAACUUUCGAAGAUGUUUUUCUGUAGUUGAUAAUUAAGAAUUUCCCAGAGAAUUAUUCUACUUCAAUUUUUCUAGCCCUUAUCAUGCUUAUCAAUAUGAUUGUGAUGUUAAUUUUAAUUAUGAGAAGCUAAUUUCCUAUAGGGUUUGAAUUGGGGCUAGGGUU